AUGUCCACCACCACCUCCACCACCCCCUCCACCCCUCUCCCACCGCUCCCCCUCCCCCCAGGAAUAACCUCCCUCUACCUCUCCACCCCCACCCUAACCCAGCACCUCCUCACCUCAGGCUCGCCAUCCCACCCCCUCCUCCUCCUCCUCCACGGCUUCCCCGAACUCUCCUUCUCCUACCGCUAUCUCCUCCCCACCCUCUCCUCCCUCGGCUACCACGUCGUGGCCCCCGAUCAACGCGGCGCAGGCCGCACCACCGGCCACGACUCCCGUUCCUUCUCCACCGUCGACCUGCACACCACCACCAUCUCGCGUCUCGUCACCGACAUGGUAUUUUUAGUCCACGCCCUCGGCCAUCAAAAUGUAGCAUGUGUGCUAGGUCAUGAUUUGGGGGCGGUGGUGGCAGCUUGGUGUGGAGUCAUGAGACCGGAUUUGUUUAAAUCCGUCAUCCUCCUCUCCCACCCCUUCAAAGGUCCCCCCCUCCUCCCCACCUCCAAUUCCACUUCCACUUCCACCCCCACCCCCACCCCGGACAUCCACACCUCCCUCUCCCAACUCCCCACCCCCCUCAAACACUACAAAACCUACUACUCCACCGCACAAGCCGCCAGCGAUCUCUCCACCCCCCUUUCCACCCUCCCCUCCUUCCUCCACGGCUACUUCUACCUCAAAUCCGGACACUGGACCGGCAACACCCCCCACCCCCUCAAAUCCUUUACCGCAGAAGAACUCCAACACCUGCCACCCUACUACAGCAUGCCGCUGCACUCCACCAUGCGCGACAUCAUCCAAACAACCAUGCAGUCCAUCCCCGCCUCCUCACUCUCCCAAAUGGAAACCUGGCUCUCCCCCUCCGACCUCUCCGUCUACACAUCCGAAUACACACGCACGGGCUUCCAAGGAAUGUUAAACUGGUACCGCAUCCUCACAUCUCCCUACUACACCCAAGAGCUUGCGCUCUUCGCAGGAAAAACUUUGGAUAUCCCCAUGUUGUUUGUCAGCGGAGAAAAAGACUGGGGCAUGUAUCAGGAACCGGGGGUCUUAGAACAGAUGGGCGAAAGAUGUACGAGGUUUAAGGGGACGAGAGUGGUGCGGGGGGCGGGCCAUUGGGUCAUGCAGGAGAAUCCGAAGGAGGUGUCGGAGAUUGUGGAGAGGUUUUUGGGGGAGGUGAAGAGAGAGGGAAUGAGUUAUUGA